GAAACGUCGCAAUUCUGUUAAACGCGUCUCGCCCAGCAUGUACCGACUUCUUCUCUUCGCGUUGUUAGUACACACCGUUUCGGCCGAGUCAUGUUUCAUUCAGAACAAAAAGGGAAAACCGGACAUUCAGGUGAUCGAAUUGGACGACUCCAGCAAAGACUCCAGCGAAUCAGAAAUCGUGUCUCUACAUCUGCCAGACAGACGAAGAAGGGAAAUCAUCAAGAUUGAUAAUCAGAAGGAACGCCACUGCAGAAGCGAUGAUGAUUGCGGUCCAGGAUUAGUCUGUUUAGCACAUUUGACCUGCGUAAAAGGAACGCGGCGAACUGUAGAUUCUCUAGGAGCGACCGCUGUCAAUUAAAAAUUUGGACGAUGCAAUAAAGAGGUGAUAGAGUCUCUAUGUGCAUGACGACAGUAUGCCGAUAAAAUUUUUCGCCUCACUGCCCUUGCCGAACAAUAAGCGCGUUCGCAUCAAUCGAAUGAUCGAUUUCCUAUCAUCGCCAAUAUCCAGCGGAUAUCUGUUUGCUUAUCUGUAUUUCGCGCGCCGAUGAAAUUUCCCGCUGUACAUCCAUCCAUUGUCAACGCAUGAAUAUAACAUAAACCCGAAAAAAAUCGGACAUUUAAUGGCGACCCCGGCCGCGGCCGCGGACGCAUGUAGUAAAGCGGUUAAGUUACAUUUUACACGCGGAUUCGGAACACCAGCGAGGAUGUAUACGACCGGCGUAAAAGCUCUCCGCCCCUUCUCCGCCUUCAAAAGCAGAAAAAAAAACAAACAGUAUCGUCGGGGAAACAUAUGGCGCCGUACGAUAGGGACUCAUUAACGGCGGAGAAACGGAGCAAUGCGAGUGAGGAGCCGUAAGAAAGGAGGGUUAGCCCUCUCGUCGUCGUAAAUUUAGUGGGAACCAACUGCUUUCGCCUGCAAGCUCUGCUUGCAGGCCCCGCCGCAACCGCAACCCCGAUCGAAACGGUGCGGCGCCGUUGAAAAAUCUUACUGUGCAUUAGAGAUUUACACUCGAAAUCAAUUAGCUCCUAAUUGACACGGAUGAGACCGCGCAACCCGCCGCGCGAGUUUAUUGGGAAACCAUCGAAUAUUGGCAACACGCCGUUUCAUAGAAGUUGGUCCCGAUAUCGUUUGGGAGAUUGUCGUCAGCACGAGAGACUUUUCGAUGUAAACUUUUAUUGCGGUAUAAAUAAUAAUAAAUACCCCGGGUGAUGGCUAUAUUAGUCAAAUAUUGUAACGAAUUUUAACGUUAACCAUGUAACAAUGUAAAAUAAAUGUUGCAUACCUCAAAGUUA